AAAAAAUUACAUUAAAAAAAAAUGUUAUAAAAAAAAAAUAUAUCCUAAAUCCUAAUAUUAAUAAUACUAGCAUAAAUAGUAUAAUCAGUACCUCUAUAAACUAUAAUUGAUACAAAAGCUUGCGAUUUCGAGUAAACUAAAGUUUUAUCCGAACAAAUAUUAGACUUUGCAAAAAAAUGUAUUCGUGUAAAUUCGAAAGCAUUGAUAAUAUCGCUUAAAUUAGUUCUAAAGAAAAAAUUUAAUCUUUACUUUUUCUCGAAAAAAAUACAACUUUAAAGUUAAAAAAAACUUUUAAAAUGAUAUUGUUACUUUAGAUUUUGGAUUUGUAGAUAUGAUUUAAUAUUAUUUAUAUAAAAAAAUAGAUGCAUGCUAAACUCCAGAAAACAAUACUAUUCUAGGCAAUGAUUAUGAGAAUUGUAAACUUUGCAAAGGAAAUUCCUUCUUUAUAGCAGAUGAAAAUUAGAAAGAUACUCUUAAGUUAAAUGACGAAGACUUUUCUUAUGAUGACGCUACUUAAAUAUUUACAGCUACAGAUGCAAAAAGUUUAUAAUAAUUAAUUGUUGAAUCAUUUUAAUUAUUAUGGAACUGUAAUAAUCCUACAAAAAUAAUUUAAGUUAAUGGAUAACUAGAUGUAGAAACUGAAGAUGCCUUAAAUAAAACUGAUACCAAUGGUUUCUAAUCAAGAUGUAUGUAGUGUGAAGUUGAAAAUUGUGGAAAAUGUUCUUUAUUAAGUACUGAUUAAUGUGAAAUAUGUAAAGAAGGUUAUAGCUAUAAAGACUCAAAAUGUGUUGGCUGUUAAAUAGAUGGAUGUAAUGAAUGUCCUUUAGAUAAAAAUGGAGAAGAAAAAUGUUCUUAAUGUAUUAAAGGAUUAUAUCUUUAUGAAAACUAAUGCGUAUCAGAAUGUCCUUAAGGCUUAACUUAAAGCAAGAAAGCAUGUCUUGACUGCAGAUUAGGUACCUAUGCAUCUGAUUUCUAAUGCCUUUCUUGCUAACCUAAUACAUGUAAAGUAUGUAGUGGCCCUUAAAUUAAUUAAUGUUAAACCUGUUUCGAAGGAUUUGUGAGAGAUGAAACAAAUGGAUGUAGACCUUGUGUAGGAAAUGAAUGCUGUGCAUCAGAUAAAUGUGAAGAUGAUUAAUUUAGAUAAAGCGAUUAUCCAUUUUAAUGUUAAUAUUGUAGCGAUUUAUGUGCUACUUGUACAGGUCCAGAUUAAGAUAAUUGUUUAUCUUGCAAAAAUGGAUAUUAAUUGGAGGCUGGUUAAUGUAUUAAUCCAGGAAAAAAAGAGUAAUUUUUCCUUGAUCCAUAAACUAAUAUACUUACCCCUUGCCAUUUUUCAUGUUUGGAAUGUAUUGAUGCUUCUGAAUAUUGCACUAUAUGCAAACCUGAUAUGAAUUACUUUAUAGAAGUUGAAGACAGAUUUUAAUGUGACAGCAAAUGUCCUAUCGGUUACGAACCUGAAGCUGAAAUAUAAAGUGAUAUAUAGAUAAAAUGUAUCAUUAAAAGUGAAAAACCUACUGUAGAAAUAGUCAUAAACGAUCCCGAUUUACCAGUUGACAAUGGAAAUGAAUCUGAUAUUCCCUCAAUUAUAAAAGAAAUGGACGAAAUAGUAGGAAAUUGUGCCUUUUCAUAAUAUUGGGAUGGUGAACAAUGCUAAUAAUGUCCUUUGAACUGUAUAGAAUGUUUAUCAAAUAAUGAAUGCACAGAAUGCUAAUAAGGUUAUUUUUGGACAAAGAAACAUCCUAAUGUCAAAAUUGCCAUUAAACAUGUGAAACAUGUACUGGUCCAAGCCAUAAAGAAUGUGUAAAAUGUUUAAAUAUCUCAAAUCUAUUUCCAUAAGAUGGUAUAUGUGAUACGAACGCAUCAAGUGAUGAUUUAAACGAUAAACCUUUAAUUCCUAAAUCUGAAAUAUUUUCUGAUAUAAACACUUGUAGAGCAUUUGCUUCUUAAAGUAAUAAAUAUAAAAUAGAUUUGAUGCAAAAAUACUCUAAAAACGACGCUAAAUAUUCCACAAUCUCUUUAAUUGAUCCUAAUGUAUGUACAAAGGAAAUUUUCGCUUAAAAAUAUGAAACUUUUGAGUAAUAAAUUCUUAAUUAAUGUGACUCUUCAUAAAUUAAAAAGACCACAAUAGGCUAAAAAGGCUCCAUGUUAACCAUAUUAGCCACCAUUUUAGCAAAACACAGUGUUUAAAUAGAAUUAAAACCAGUAGACCCUAAAAAUUUAUCUGAAUUUUGUAUCAAAAAUAGUCUUUUUACACCUUUAUAUAUGAACAAACUAUCCGACUCGUAAUUUAAAUGUUCUGAUUUGAUUUGUGAAGUUUUACAACAAACAUACAUUGACAAUUUAUCAAAUAAUCAGGGUAAACAAAUAACCAUAAAGAAUGUAAAAGACAUAACUUUAAAAUCAAUAAACAAAGAUUAGCUAGACUGCUUCGAUUCAUCAAAUUAUGGGGAAGAAAUAGAUUCUUAAAAUGUAUAAGAAAUUGAAAAAGCAUUUGUUUCUGCAAAAUAGAGCUAAGGAACCGCAUUUUAAUAAUAUAUAGUGUUACAGUUGUGUGGAAAGUAAAAUAAUAACAAUUUCUCAUAAUAAGUUUUAGUUCAAUAGUAUUUAGGGAAUGGAUUUGCGGAAGUUUUUUCCAGUGAAAAUGGUGAAAAUUUCAAAAUAUAUAUUUAUGGAAUAAGUUCUGAAUAAAAUACUUACAUUUAAAAUUGUGAUGGUAGUUUUAAAAAUGAUUUCGAUGAAUACAUUGUGAAAAGAUUAUCGGUAUAUUAAGUAGAAGAAAGUUAAUCUGGUUUAAAUAAAGAGGAUGAGAUGCUUAAUUAAUUUAAAAAUAAUGGAUGUAAAAUUAGUGAGGAUAAUUAAGAAUGGGAAUAUAUUUUAACAAAUGAAGAUAAUUAGGGGGAGUUAAUAAGAUAUAUUACAGAAAAAAAUACAUUUAUUACUAAUAGUAUAUCCGCAAAUGAUAUUAAUACUAUUUUGGAAAAAUACGAAAUCAAUAUUGAUGAUUAUAGAGAUAAUAAAAAGACAAUUUCUUAAGAAUUGGCUGAAGAAAUUUUCAAGCAAGUUAUUUAGAAUGUAAUUAAAAUUAGUUAAGAAUGCUAUGAUUUUAAUAGUACGCAUAAUUAGUGUGUGAAAAAUGUUUUGGCUGAUAUUUUGUUCACUAAUCAUAAUAAUUGUUUUGAAGAAAAAAAUAUUAAGGAACAUAUGUAAAAGAAAUAACAUAGAGAUAUUUCUCAAAUUAUUAAAAAUAGUACUUGGUGUUAAAUAAAUCCAAGUAGAUGUGAUAGAAAUGUUUAGAUUAUGAUUUCUUGC